AUGUUUGCAGUUCGCAUUGUCACCGCAGAUUAUUAUAUGGCAAGUCCUAUCAGAGACUUGGACGUAUGUUACUCAGAAUUCAGAGAAAAUGAAGUGAAGAAGGUACCAGUCGUCCGAAUCUUCGGAGCAACACCGGCAGGGCAGAAGACGUGUCUCCACUUGCAUGGCAUCUUUCCCUACGUCUACGUGCCAUACGACGGCUAUGGACAGCAGCCGGAGAGAUACCUGCGGCAGGUUGCCUACAGCAUCGACAGAGCCCUCAAUGUGUCCAUGGGCAACCCCUCCUCCGGUGCACAACACAUCUUUAAAGUGACACUGGUUUCUGGGAUGCCUUUCUAUGGAUACCAUGCAAAAGAGAAAGCAUUCAUGAAGAUUUAUCUCUACAACCCACAGAUGGUUAAAAGGGUCUGCGAACUGUUACAAGGAGGAGCCGUUAUGAACAAGAGCUUCCAGCCACAUGAGGCCCACAUCCCCUUCCUGCUGCAGCUCUUUAUCGACUAUAACUUAUACGGCAUGAAUCUGGUCAACUUGGCAACCGUCAAGUUCCGCCGCAGUGAGUCUGUGUCUACAUCAGAGUACCAGGGCCCCAAAGGCAGAAUGGGCAGUAGUCCUGUGAAGAGUCCCUGCUCCUCCAAACUGUCUGAGAGUAUGCUGGGAGGAACUUUUGUGCGCUGGGAAGAGGACGCUUUACCGAGUUCGCUGGUUCUGGAUGCGGUGCAGAAACAGAGCACGUGUGAGCUGGAGGCAGAUGCUGUGGCUGCUGACAUUCUCAACCGUUUGGAGAUCGGAAUUCAGGUCGGAAGGAACCCCGGCCUUCAGGCAAUUUGGGAGGAUGAGAAGCAAAGGCGGAGGGAGAAUAACCAGGCCUCCCAAAUUGAGACUCCUGAAUCUCAAGAUCGAGGGAAUAUUGAACCUGCGGAGAGUGAGAAAAUCUUCAUGAAGCGAUUCAAGGAGAUACUGAGAGAAAAUGAGUUUGAUGUGACCCAGACAAGAUCUUCAAUAGAUGUUGAUGAAGACGAGUCUUUUCCCCUUGAGCUGUCACUUCACCCUGAUGUCCUGAGCCCAGAUGAUCUUCCAUGUCCUCCAGCUAGUCAAGUGGAGGUGCACAAAGAUGCACAAAUUGACACUAAACGGCCAUGUAGCAAAGAAGCUGAAGUGGCAGUUGUUGAUGAGGAGGCUAUUUUGAGUCUAUUGGAGAAUAGCCAGACCUUUCUUCCCCUCUCACAGACAUCUAACCACUCUGCAAUACUUGACAACAGCCAAGACCAGGCCAUGGUGGACCUUCUUGUUGGGCUAGAGGAUGAUGGGUAUGGGGCAGACCUGCCGAGAAAAACAUGUCAGCAGCAGCUGCCAGGAAGUGCUAGUUGUCCCUAUAACAGUGACGACGAAGAAGCAGGACCUGAAUUGGAGAAAGAGGAGGCAGAAAUGAGUCUAAUGAUGUCACAGAGAUGGGACAGUGAUAUCCCAGAACACUCAUCUAGACAGAGGCUCUGUAUGAAGGAUGCUGAUGAAAGCUCUAGUGAAGAACAGCAGGCUUCAUCAGAUGAAGAGAUGGACUGGAGUGGAAACAAUGCACUCUAUGUUGACCUUUCCAUACCCCAACUAGAUGGUGCAGCAGAUGAAAACAGUGAUACAUCAUUAAACGACAAAGGCUCCCACACACACUCAUCACUUACUGCAACUGAGAAGAUCCUCGGGAGAAGGAAUCCCUUUCCAGCUGAAACAGUCCCUCUGGAGCCCCCCUCCUCAGCAAAGAUCCUCCUUGAUUGCAAACAUCGUGAGCAUAGACAAUCUCUUUCUCUUGACACAGAGGAAUCGGAUAAACAUUUUCUUGCCAAAAGCCAAGAGGGCAAUGAAUGUCCAACAGGGCUUAAAGUGAACAAAGAGAAACCUUACAUCCAGCCAGUGAAACAUCCAAUCCCUUGUAACAUAGCCAAUAGAGCAGAGGUAUCCCAGGUCAGUGUUGACAAAGUUGGUGCUCUUCCUCACACAAAUGAGAAUAAAACCACUGGUAUUAAUAAAUCAGAUCCAGACGGCUUGCCUUUUGGAAAUGCAAAGAUCACUCAAAGCAGGAAAAAAUACAGCAGUAUUAAAAAUGUGGAGAAGAAUCACUUAUCUGUCCUACCAAAUCAUACAAGUUUUUCCCUUCGUUACUCUGAGUUAAGGACUUGCCCAGCCAGGACGGAGAAGGAUCUCAGUCAGAAGGACAGCAAAAGUCCUGUGCGUAGGAGUCCUGAUAAAGCUCCGAGUCCAAUGCACGAGGAUGAACUUAUGGCCCCUCAGGAGGGAGAGACAGGUCUGGAUAGCGAAGAGGGAGAUGUUGGAGAGCUGAAAAUAAGGUACGAGGACUAUCAAGAAAACAAAACCGAGAGGACCAUUGUGGCUCAGCAGGAGGCACACUACAAAUUUUUCCCUAGUGUGAUUCUCUCAAACUGCCUCACCAGACCAGCAAAGAAGUAUAUAGGAAGCAAGACUGCUGACGGCUGUGCUAAUCAUGAGCAGCCUGAGCAGCGGCAGUGCAGAUUAAAAUUAAGCAAGAGAAGAAGUAGUGCAGCAAGUCAUAAAAAGGUCAGUUCCAUGGAUGGGACUCCCAGUGUAGACUUUACUUCAAUCAGGCCAGUCUGUCCAAAAAGCAAGGAAACUGAUGAGAAACCUGAAUCAAGCACAUCAGAGCCAAAUCCAGAUCCUCCAGUUACUGAAGAUCCUGCUUUAGCCACUACUGGAGAUGGACUUGCCCUGCUCUCUGAUAUACAUACCAAAGUAGCUUGCACUAAGAUUUCUAGUUUACCUGGUAGCAAAUAUACCUUGAGGGCAAAACGCAAAAUGAGUUAUGAGAGUGAAGAUGCAGAGCAUUCAAGUUCUCAUUCUCUGAAACAAGCUCUUGCUGUCCGAGAGAGUCUAAAAGAUAAUUUUGCCAUGACUGGUCAACAAAAAAGGAGAAAGAUGUCUAAAAAAGAGCCACCAAUUAUCAUCAAGUACAUCAUAAUCAACAGGUUCAAAGGUCAGAAGAAUAUGUUGGUAAAGUUAGCCAAGGUGAAUGUGGAAGAACAUCACGUAGUAUUGACACCAGAGAGGCUGGAAACAUAUGGUAAACUUGCUCCUCUUAAGGAGUUCUGGCCCAAGGUUCCCGAGUCAACAGCUGUCAAAUACCCUUUACCUGAGCCAAAGGUAAGGAAACACCCAAAACGAAAGGCAAAAGUUGCUGCAACAUCUAAGAAAACACUCAGCACCUCUCCAAAAGUCAGAUGCUCACAGGGUAGUAAAAUGAAAAGGAUCAAGGGCAUUAAAAAAGGAAUGGCCUUGUCAACACUGCCAAUCCCUCAGCCAUGCUAUAAUGACCACACUGAUGAUUAUUGUACUGAAUACUCAGAUGUGAUGGUCGAAUUGGGGUAUCUUUCUGAGAGGGCCCCUAGUCCCACCGAUUCAACACCACCACGAUGUUGGUCUCCCACUGACCCCCUUUUUGAAACUGCCACAAAUGAUCACUUGAUAAAUCCAUUAAACGAUCCUUGUCUUGGAUCUCCUUAUCAAGUCAGCGAUACAAAGCUCUUUGGUGUGGGUGUUCAGAGCAAAAGAAGGGGGGUCAGAUCAAGAAGAGUUAACUAUACAAGCCCAAAGAGAAGAGGCAAAACAUCUAAGACAGCGGAGGAAGAGUCAAAAAUAAAGGAGAAUAUACCUAACAAACCUUCCCGAACCUCAAGGAGACGGAAAAAAGAUUAUGAAACGACACAAGAAACAGGACUUGAUGAAGACUUCACUGCUCUUAAAAAGACCAGGAGACCUAGUAGAAAGAAACUACCUGACGUGUUAGACAACCCUGCUCCUGCUGGAUCACAGCCGUUGUUUCCCAUAGAUGACCUGCCUCCCUGUGAACCCUCAUCAGAGGUCCUGACUUCCUUUAAGCAGCAAGCAUCUACAAAGGAAAACAAGGAUGGCCAAAGUUCACAAACUCUGACACAGCUCAGUGAAUUAAAAUCAGAGAAAGAUGAAUCAUCCAUCAACAUGACAGAUGAACUCCAGGGUGACAAUGCUUUUGCUUCAUCAGCCUCUGAUCACACUCAAAACCCCGCUGUUGUUAAAAGCUCACUUGGUAGCCUCACAUCCUCAGCCGCACACACCACUGGAUACCCAUGCUCAGUCAUCACUUACAGUCGAUCCAGUUCACAUCUUCAGAAUAUAAAUCAGGGAUUCCAAGCAGGACCCAUUUCUCCAAAUCCCACAGACUUGAAAUCUGUGCCUGAUAGUCAUGAAGAGGGCCUUGACACUACACAGCCAUCACAGACAACUCCAAAGACACCUGCAAAGCAAAGACGGCGGCCGCCCAAAAAAGGGAAGGUAGAGAGUCCCUCAGUUCAGAUAACAUCUCCAGUGACAGCACCUUUGACAGAAGCCAUGGGUGGUAGCACUGAUGGAGCUGACAAAGGUCACGCAUUUCACUCGGGUCUAAGAAAUGGAGAGGCCAUGUCUCCACCAGAUGUUCCUUCUGGACUUGCUGUCCUGAAGGAGCUUCUUCAGAAAAGACAGCUGAAGGCAGGACAAGGUCAGCUUGAGAGUACUUUUGUGUCAAACAGUGUGUGCUCCGCUAUUCAAGCAGCUGAAGAUGUAUCUAAUCCACCUGUCAAACAGACAAAAGCUAAGAGGGUGCCAUCAUCCACACCAAGGAAAACAAGGGCAACAAAGACACAGAUACCAAAAGAGAAGAAGCCAAGAAGCAGAAAAAACAACAGCAAGCAUGAUGACUUAGUAAAACAGGAGCCGCCAAUGUCUGAUGAAAGUCCCGUGUUUCUAUCCGACCCUGGUUUCGAUAGCUGUUACUCAAUUGAGGAUAGCCUGUCCCCUGAUAUCCCCCAUAAUUACAGUUUUGAUAUAAAUGCCAUAGGGCAAACAGCAUUUUCUGGUCUUUAUGCCGGCAGCCAGUUUGUACUGACUGACAAGAACCUGCCACACAAGUUUCUGAGCGAUGUCAACCAGGAUGCCAUUCCAGCUAUGGCUUUGGGAUUAGAGAUCAGACCAGAGAAGGCACUUGGCAAAGGGGGAACUGUCAGUCCUGAUCUCUUUGAUAGGUCCUCUGGAGAUAAUGGAGAAGCUAUUCCCAAUGAUUUAAGUGUGUCCCUCCUAGAUUCUGACAAGAUAAUUAAAAAUAGAGAAUGGGGGGCUUCCUUGGGAAAAAUACAUGGCCUCAGCCACUUUCAAGAUUUUCAAUGUGAAAAGAGAGAUUUACUCUUUGGCUUUGACCCACUCUUGCCUCUCCCUUUAAGCUCUGCCUCUUUCGCUGAUAAUGGUGGGUCCUCAACAGAGGAUUUCCUGGACGCUAAUGAUGCUUUAACAACAUCAACAACUCCUAGCAGCUCCCCACGUUCUGUGAGCUCAUUGUCACAGUUGAGGACCGGCAGUCAGUCUCAGAGGGCUCCUGGAGUUCGCAUUCUGAAGCCCCUCAUGUCUCCUCCCAGCCGAGAGGAGAUUCUGACCACUUUGUUAGAGCUGGACCUCUCAGAGGCUAUCUACCAAGAGCCCUUCUGCAGUGAUCCGUCUGAUGCACCUCUGAAACCCAGAGAGAUUGGUGGGCGAAAGUUAACCUUGGAAACCAGGGUAGCAACAGAGUUGCCUGAGUUUAAUGGGGAUUUGUCUUUGGAAGGCCUGCAGUUCUGGAAAACUGCAUUUGCUGCUAUGACGCGUCAAAGUUCCUCCCCAGCCCAUGGACCUGAAGUCUCAAAAUCUGUGAAGGAUCUAGCAGAUUUGAGCCCAUCCUCUACCAGAGAUCAGAAAGUGGUACUGUUGCCAUGUCGGACUCCACCCAGUAGGGAGCGAGUACAGCUUUGGCUUCAAGCAAAGAAACAGUUUGAGUGCCUUCAGAAAGAUAGGAAACGUGCUUGUGGUCAAGAGUCAGAGGAGCUGAACCAAGUCAAAGUAAAGUCAACUGACAAGAAGUUGCCUCAGGGGACGAAGUCAGAAAAGCAUCAUGUCUCAGUUCUCUUAGAGAGGGAGAAUGACAGGGUUGAGCAGGCCUUAGCCUUACAGACUACUAAAAGGGAAGGCUUGGAUCUUUCCAUUCACAUAUCCCCUGUUGAGGCUGAAGUAUCUAUAUCUAGCUGUAAAGACUCGAAAUGUGUUCUGGAUACAAAUGCCCGGGAACAGGAAAAAGAGGACAGCUUGCUUGAUAAUUCCAUCUCUCCAGAUUCACCCAUUUUGCCGCCAUGGCAGCAAACUGCACAUCAAAGCCCCACUUGCAUAAUUCAGAAUGUGGAGAGAGGGGGACUGGAUGUGGAAUCUGUAUCUCCUUGUCUUGAUGAAUCUAAUAAUCCACCCUCACCCGAAAACAGGCAUCCAAAGGACUUCCUUAGCCCAUCUCCUUUCUCAAGUAAGGCCCAGGAUAGAAACAGUUUGAGCCCCUACCUGCUGCACAGCACACCUGUCGCUAGAAGAAGGAAAAGCAAAGGUGAACCUUGCUCUGACUACAGCCCUCCUGCUCUGGAAGACACGGAGCCCAGAUCUCAGAGACUUCUGCAGAGGAGGGGAAGCAACACGGAUACAUUACGGAGAGUACUCUUGACCACUCAGAUGAAGAAUCAAUUCACCACUUUGAAUGUUCCUAAGAAAGACAACUCACAGAUUGAGGGUCCAUCUAUCUGUAACUCGUAUGGCUUCAAAAUUAGCAUGCAGAACCUCCAGGAAGCUAAAUCUCUGCAUGAGGUGCAGUACUUAACUCUGAUGAGUAUGGAGCUUCAUGCACGGACACGCCGAGACCUGGAGCCUGACCCAGAAUUUGACCCAAUAUGUGCCUUAUUCUAUUGCCUCAGUUCUGAUGCACCCUUGCCUGACUCUGACAAGACCCAGCUGACGGGUGCUAUUGUGGUCGAUAAAGACUGUCGUGCUUUGGGUCAAGCUUCUGGAAACACAGCACCCCUGUUAGUUAGGUCAGGGGUGUCUGGACUGAAGGUCACUUACACCAUAGAUGAAAAGGAGCUUUUCCAGGAAGUUGUUAACAUAAUGAGGAAGUUUGACCCAGACAUCCUGGUUGGGUAUGAGGUUCAGAUGCGUUCCUGGGGCUACCUAUUACAGCGGGCGUCCACCCUCGGUGUCGACCUGUGCCAACAGCUCUCACGUGUGCCAGGCGAUUCAAAGGAAAACAGCUUUGCUGCAGAGAGAGAUGAGUAUGGUGCUGAAACGAUGACAGAGAUCCAUAUUGUGGGGCGCAUUGUCCUCAACCUGUGGAGAAUUAUGAAAACACAGGCUGCGUUGAACAACUACAGCUUUGAGAAUGUGGUUUUCCACCUCCUGCACCAGCGUUUUCCUCUCUACAGUCCCCGUACAUUAUCUGACUGGUUUGAUCACAGCACACACUUGCACAGGUGGAAAGUGGUAGAUCACUACAUCAGCCGUGCUUGUAGCACAAUACAGCUUCUCCAGCAGCAGGACAUCAUUGGCAGAACAAGUGAACUCGCCCGAGUGUUUGGGAUCCAGUUUUAUCAUGUGCUUACAAGGGGAUCACAGUACCGUGUGGAGUCCAUGAUGCUUAGGAUAGCCAAGCCCAUGAACUACAUCCCUGUGACCCCCAGCAUUCAGCAGCGAACCCAGCAGAGAGCACCUCAGUGCAUUCCUCUCAUCAUGGAGCCUGAAUCACGCUUCUACAGCAACUCUGUCAUUGUGCUAGACUUCCAGUCCCUUUAUCCCUCUAUUGUCAUUGCCUACAAUUACUGCUUCUCCACCUGCCUGGGCCAUGUGGAGAACCUGGGAACAUCUGACGAGUUUAGGUUUGGCUGCACAUCUCUCAGAGUUCCUCCAGAGCUCCUCCAUCAGCUCCGCAAUGACAUCACUGUGUCUCCUAAUGGCAUAGCCUUUGUCAAGCCGUCUGUGCGGAAAGGGGUACUGCCAAGCAUGUUGGAAGAGAUCCUGAAGACCAGAAUCAUGAUCAAGCAGUCCAUGAAAGCCUACAAGAACGACAAGGCACUCAUGCGUUUACUGGAUGCUCGACAGCUCGGACUUAAGCUCAUUGCCAAUGUCACGUUUGGCUACACGUCGGCCAACUUCUCUGGCCGAAUGCCUAGUGUGGAGGUUGGAGAUAGCAUUGUCCACAAAGCCAGGGAGACGCUAGAAAGAGCCAUAAAGCUGGUAAACGACACAAAGAAAUGGGGCGCGCGUGUGGUCUACGGGGACACAGACAGUAUGUUUGUCCUGCUAAAGGGGGCCACUAAAGAGCAAGCUUUUAAGAUUGGCAACGAGAUUGCCGAGGCGGUAACAGCCACCAACCCCAAACCAGUCAAACUCAAGUUUGAGAAGGUGUAUCUGCCUUGCGUCCUGCAGACAAAGAAACGUUAUGUGGGUUACAUGUAUGAGAGUCUUGACCAGAAGGACCCUGUGUUUGAUGCCAAGGGGAUAGAGACCGUGCGCAGAGAUGGCUGCCCUGCUGUUUCCAAGAUUCUAGAACGCUCCAUUAAGCUGCUUUUUGAGACACGGGACAUAAGUCAGGUGAAGCAGUAUAUCCAGAGGCAGUGUAUGAAGAUCGUGGAGGCCAAAGCCAGCAUGCAGGAUUUGACCUUUGCCAAGGAGUACAGAGGAAGCGGCUCGUACAGACCAGGGGCCUGCGUUCCAGCCCUGGAGCUCACCAGGCGUAUGACGGCAUAUGACCGCCGUUUGGAGCCUCGCGUGGGCGAGAGGGUGCCCUACGUCAUCGUCUAUGGAAGGCCUGGCCUGCCACUCAUCCAGCUGGUUCGUCGGCCGAUGGAGGUGCUACAGGACCCCAGUCUCCGUCUCAACACCACUUAUUACAUCACCAAGCAGAUCCUACCUCCACUGGCUCGCAUCUUUAACCUCAUUGGUGUGGAUGUGUUCAGCUGGUAUCAGGAGCUGCCCAGGGUUCAGAAGGCUUCGUGUUCAGCUGUGGUCGGAGGGGAUGAACCGGGGAGGAAAGGCACGAUAUCUCAGUAUUUUACUACCCUUCACUGCCCAGUGUGUGACGAGCUAACGCAGCUGGGUGUGUGUGAUCGCUGCCGGGCCGAGCCCCAGCGCGUGGUGGUCACGCUAAAUCAGGACCUACGGCAGUGGGAGAGCCAACAAGACCAGUUACUGAAGAUUUGCAGGAGCUGCAGUGGCAGUGCAGAGAGACAAGUGCCGUGCGUUUCCCUUGACUGUCCGGUUCUGUACAAACUGUCACGGGUCAACAGACAACUCUCCAAGGCCCCUUACCUCCGUCAGCUCUUGGAGCAAUUCUGACCAACCCGGGCGCUUCGAUACUUUGGUGCUAAUUGCUGUUCAACUCUUUGGUUCAGCUAGUGUUUGUGUAUCCUCGAUUUGAGUCCUGUUGCUGAUUGUCAUAUAUAAGUAUUUCUAUGAGCUCUUGGGUGAGCUGUUUUUCUUUUUAUCCCAUUUGCUGCAUCAUCAUGGUUCGCUGCUAUGGUCUGUGAGUGAGCCUGUUUUCUUCCCAGACUAUUCAUUUGUUGAUAACUACACCUACAUCUUAAAGAGACAGCAUUAUAUUGUAUCCAGUCUGAUCCAAAAUGAGGACUGUAAUUAAAUUUCAUAUGCGCUGUAGCAAUUUAUAAACAUUCAAGUCUGACAAUAAUUUCUAUAGACUUCUCAUGAACUCCGAGUCCUAACAGUUGAC